AUGCUCCGCUGGACCCGCUUUUUGUCCACCCACAGCAGGACUCUCCGAAUCUCCCCAGAGGUCACCCAGGCCCUCCAAGAAAACGUGCCUGUCGUUGCCUUGGAAUCCACAAUCAUCACCCACGGCUUCCCGUAUCCGGCCAAUCUUGAAAUGGCACGUGCCGUCGAGCGGAAGAUCAGAGACCACGGCUGUGUACCGGCAACAUGUGCCUUUCUCAAAGGCGUGCCCCACGUCGGUCUCAGUGACCGGCAGAUCGAAAACUUGGCAGAACUCAAAACGGCCAAUAAAGUGUCGAGGCGUGACAUUGGCGCCACCAUGGCCCAACGGCUCGACGGGGGCACAACCAUUGCCGGCACCAUGAUUCUAUCCCACAUGGCAGGCAUCGACGUUUUUGCCACCGGCGGCCUCGGCGGCGUCCACCGGGACGGCCACAUAACCAUGGAUGUAAGCGCCGACUUGACUGAGCUAUCACGCACCCCUGUCACCGUGGUGUGUGCCGGGCCAAAACUGAUUUUGGACAUCGGCCGCACUAUGGAGUUCUUAGAAACACAGGGUGUGUUUGUGGGCACGUACAACGACGACGGGCGUGCACGGGUGGAAAUCCCGGGCUUUUUCUGCCGGUCCUCGGGCGUCAAGUCGCCAUACUCGUUUUCUUCCUGGAGGGAAAUGGCAUCCAUUGUCCACAACCAGAACAGAGUGAUGGGGCUCAGUUCAGGAAGCCUCGUGUGCGUGCCGCCGCCGUCUGAAACGGCUCUUUCCAGUGACUUGAUCGAUGGCAUCAUCAACAAUGCCAGUAUGGAGGCGCUUGCACAGGGUGUUCUGGGCAAGGAGCUCACGCCGUUUUUGCUCGCCAAGAUUGCGGCUGCGACGGGCGGCCAAUCUGUCGAGUGCAACAAGCAGUUUGUCAUCAAUAAUGCCGAGGCCGCCUGCGCCAUUGCCAAAGAGCUUGGAGACUUGAAGACAGGCUCGGGGCCCGUGAAUGCGGUCGAUACCAUGGUCAUUGGCCUGGUGGCCCUCGACACCAUAUGCACGUUGCAACAGGAGCCCGUGAUGGCGGAUUCCAACCCAGGGAAAAUGGCCGCCGGUCUAGGCGGCGUGGGUUUCAACGUGAGUCUUGCUCAUCUCUACGGGCUCCAGAACCAAGGCAUCAAGGCCAACUUGCGAUUUAUCUCGGCUGUGGGCGACGAUUUGCCGGGCACUUCGAUAAUCAAAUCCUUGGAGGAACGCACGCACGACGUGUCUGGGAUCAAAGUCUACAAGGACGAAUCCUCGGCACAAUAUACUGCCAUGUUGAGCCCCCUGGGAGAGUUGGUCAUGGCAUGUGCAGACAUGAAGAUCUUCGAGAAAGAGCAUUUCGCCACGCACGUGGGAAAAGAACUUGCCAGAGCCCGGCCACGUGUUGUGGUGACGGACUGCAAUCUUCUGGCUGCUUCGCUAGACGCGGUUAUGGCAGCUUGCCAGUUGAUGCCCUCCAGACCAAUCGUUAUUGUGGAGCCCACGUCGAAGCCGAAACUGGCAAGAUUGAGCCAGGUCAAUUCCGCCAACCUCCGCGUUUUUCCAAAUAACACGGUGCUGUUGAUCACACCCACGGUAGCCGAACUUGAGCAGAUACAUGCCUCGUUCAGCCAGAGAGAGUUUUUCGACGACUACGACAGCUGGUUUCCUGCUCUUGACAGUUUGGGCAUCGACGCAGGUUUCAGGGAUAAGUUGCAUGCACUUGGGCUCAAAUUCCCGGCCUUGAAAGACCUUCUGAAAACAGGCACCUUCCAACAAGCUUUCCAAGUCCUUCCGUACGUGCCGAAUAUUUUGGUGAAAAUGGGCCGGUAUGGCUGUGUCUUGAUCAAGCUCAGCACCAACGUCAACGACUACAAGUCUGUCCCUACGACUUCCAAAUUCAGGCCCACUGCGACCUUAGUCUCGAGCGGGAAACCACAUGAUGACAACAAGAGGUUCGGCAUUGUCGUUGAGUAUUUCGAUAUUCCCCACGAAAACAAGAGCAUCGACAUCGUCAACGUGACAGGUGCGGGCGACUCUUUUUUGGGCUACUUGAGUGCGUCGCUUCUCAAGGAAAACUGGCUUGUGCCAGAAAUCGAAUCUCUAGAACAGGAGUGGGGGAAAUGGGAAGCCGUCUACAAAUCCCAGCUCGCUAGCGGAAAAAGCCUACAGAGCCUGUCGGCGAUCAGCGAGAAAAUCUUGGAGAUCUGA